AUGGAUGAUCGUUUUAUUUCAGAGAAAAACGCAGAAGAAGUUCGAAAAAAACGCCAGGAAGAAUGGGAAAAGGUUCGGAAAGCAAAUGAUCCAGUUGUUAAAUCUUUUCUUCUUUCAGAAGUUCCAGAAGAAGAUCAUCGUUCAUUAUAUGAGCGUUUAAAGGAAGUGCGUGAUAAGAAACAAGCCGAAUAUGAUGAAGAACAUAAAUUCAAGAACAUGAUUCGAGGUUUGGAUUCUGAAGAAUGUGAAUUUCUUUCAAGUUUUGAAAAUAUGAAAGAGAAGGAGGACAAAAAGAAAAAACAAGAAGAAGCAGCAGUUUUAAGCGAGUUUGAACGAGCGCGUUGUCGAACAAUCCCUGAUGAUAAAGUACCUUCAGUAUCACGAUUACGUUUUAAGGCAGUUCGUGAUGGACCUCCUCGCCCGAAUAGGCAAGCCGAAUUGUUAAAAGGGGCCAUCAAACGAAAAAGUAUCACUGAAGAUUACGAAAAUGGAAGCAAAAAAACAUUAAUGAGUAUUAGAUCACAAAUUAUUGCAACGAGGCCGACUGCUAUGAAAGUUGUCGGCAUGUUACCUGGUAUUGCAAAUUAUGCAUCUUCAAGUUCAAAUUCUGAUUCGGAUAAUGAUUCUGAUUAUUCGGGUGAUUUACCUGUGCUCCCUGCUUUAAUACCAACCACUCCAGAUAAAAAUGAGAAGCAAAAAUCUGCUACAGUUGAAGUGGAAACAGAUUAG